AUUUGGUAUACUUUAGUGUUAUACAAUGUCAGUUAUGUGCAAAUCGUUCUUAUUCUCAUUAUUCAUCUUAUCAAUAUUCAUUACAAAGAUGGAAUUUUCAGGUUCAAACUGUAAAGAAAAAGGUCAAGAAUGUUCAAAAACUGUAGCUAGUCCAUGUUGCGGUAGUCUUGUAUGUAAACUUGAUCGAAUAUUCCAUGGAAAAUGUGUAGAUUGUAUAGCUUUUGGUUUGUUCUGUUUAUCAGGUGAUGAUUGUUGUAGUAAAAGAUGUCUUUUCUUUCAUUGUUUAAAAUAACAUAGAUAAACUUACAUUUAUACAUUCCCCCUUUUUAUCUGUUUGAAGUGAUGAGGAGAUGUGUGGUGUUUUUUCUUCUUUUUUUCUUCUUUUUUUUUGAAGUCAAAGAAGUAUUCACUUCUAUUCAGUUGUUAUUCUAAAAGGGGUCUGUUGUCAACAUCUUUUCUGAAUAUUUAAAAUUACACUCUAAUUCUCAUAACAUUUUGUUUGUUACUCUCUUUGUCGGAAGGGGGGGGGUUGUGGAGAUCAUAGUAAUUUUAUAUAGUUGCUGUUAUAUCUAGAACUUUGAUUCUUACAAUGCCGCCUACUAGUAGACUAUUUGGACGAUAGAACCCGCAACGUCGCAAUAGAGAAAACAGAAGACUAGUAAGUAGGAAAUUUUAUUCCCCAAAACAGUGUAGUACAGAAAUCUCAUGUAUUUAUAGUUUUUUUUGACUGAGAGUAAAUCAUCAUUUUGAACAACCAAUAGGCACAUAGGGGAUCAUUCUUAUCCAUCCAAUGGGGAAGCUAUACGUCGACAUUCUAGAAUAUUCCCCUAGCAGUAAUUGGAUGGAAUGUUUUCGGCUCUUUCUAACCUUCUUGAGGCUUCCUAGAGUUUACCAACGAGCCAUCCUUACAAUUAAGAUCAUAAGUUAAUCAUGAGUUCAACUAGGUCUAUUGAAAGAUAUCAACUCACUGAAGACAUUGGUGAAUGGUUGUAUUCCUCUCUUUAAUCUUAGAAGCAUAAAAUAAGAGUAUCAUUUAUGAAGUGUUAUUCAGAACAGGUCUUACAAAAGGUUGUUUCCUAUAAAAGUGGCUCGAUUAGAGUCUAAACUUGUUUUAAACGUAUAAUUUUUAAUAGUUGAGAUCAUGAAUCAAUUGAAGCUAGAUGACCAUGGAAAACUUAUCACCAACAUACUUUUUUUUGAUGAUCAUUGAGAUCAGAAGACUCCACAUUCAGUGAAAGUCUUCUAGCAGUUCAUAUAGAGAUGAAUAGUAGUUCGUUACUAUUAUUAAAUGUGAGUUUUAAACAGUAAACGUCGGUAAGGUAUCAUAUAAAUAUAUAUGAAUGCAAGGAUUGGAAAAGUAAGGACAGCAUUCCUAUAAUCGAAUAACAUAUGGGACUUAAAACAACUGUCAAUCAACAUCAAAAUCACAAUCUUCACUAUGAACGUGAAGAUAGUUCUACUAUAUGGAGCUCCAACGUGGAGAACUACCGUAACUAUGAUCAAAAUGGUACAAUUAUUUAUAAAUAAUUAUCUCCGUAAGAUACUGAAUGUCCGUUGACUGGAUAUCACCAAUAACAGCCUACUACGAGAGAGAACAAACCAACUUCCAAUAGAAGAGGAAUUUAGGAAAAGACGUUGCAAAAGGAUAAGAAUUACAUUGUGGAAAUCAUCAAACUGAAUCAAGAGGAAAGUAAUAACUUGCAAUCCUCAAAGGAGACACAAAGAACACUGUUAUAUCCUAGUGAAGAUUAAAUUACGGAUAAAUUCCGAGGACUAUUAAUAGACUAAUAUUAUAUGUAUAUUCUUAUUGUAUAACUACUCAGUAACUAGAUUAUGUACAUCUAUAUUCCUCCUUAUAAUAAGCUUCAUUUUGACCUAUAGAUUAUUAUUAUACGACUUACUGUUCUUAAGUUAUGUUCAAUUUAUUGAUUACAGUGUCCCACUUUCACAGCCACAUUUUGGCUUGAUCUUGUAUGAAUGUUAUUUUCUAUUUUGUGAUGUAAUGUGAUAUGGUUCGGUUGUAUAUAAACCAGACAUGUUUACAAUCAGUAAUUUGUAUAGUAUAAUCUGGUAGUAAUGUUAUGGACUCAACUGGUAGGGCUAGGCGUACAAAGUACCAAUGAGAACGCUAGGCUGCUCAUACCGGUAGAAUUUCAUUGGUUCAGCAUAGUACUAAGGUGGAGAAAUUCCAACACUUCACUUUCAUCCGUAGUUUGUGCUGAUUAUGUCGUUCAGAAGAACAAUGAAAGCUCCACGACCAAACCAUUCAGUUCAGAGAACAAAACUCCAUUAAAAACAGGAAUAAGAUUGUAUAACUCGUAUUUCGAUUGACGAAUAAAUCACGUGAUAAUUAGUCGUCGUUAGAGACACAACAAACAAAUUGUGUCGUUAAUUGAAAGGAAAUAUGAAAAGAAUAAAUAUCAACUGGAAACAACUUGAAAGGAUUAUCCAUGCUAAAGUUGAAUUAAGACUUCUGCUGGUUGAACUGUGUUCCUCGAUGAGUGUGGGAGGGGGAGGAUAACAGGCGUAGGGAAAUACAUCUGAUUACCUUAUUUUCUAUUUCUUAUGCUUAUUUAUCGUUUAUUAUUAUUUCAUUAAAACAGUUAUCAUCACUGGUUGUUAGCUAUUAUCACAACAUUCAUUGAAUCAUUUCUUAUGUUCCUACAUCUUGGAGUAAUUGGAACAUUCAGACUUAUUGUUAACUAGAAUUUCACUGUAUAAUGAAUUAGUAGAUCACCGUAAUUUUCUAUUACUGUAUUUUCUUUACUGUAAGCUUUUUUAUUAUUACUUCCUAAUGGGAAUUUUUUAACGAAAUUAUCUGAAUAGCCGUUAUUUCGUAAUAUUUUCUUCAGUGUAUCUAUUUCUCUAUCUACACUGUCUUCAGAACAUAAUAGUUUGGCACAAACACAAGCAACUGGCUAUCAGGACUCAGUGGCCGAGUGGACUGGGUUCGAGUCCCAGAGUGGACAUCAACUCUGAGAUGCAGGUACAUCCAGCUGACGAGUCCCAAAUAGGAUGAAACACGCGUCCUGCAUUCCACUGCUAGCCACUAUCCAUCUCUGCUUACCAUAAUAGUUUGAUUUUGUGGAUGAGAUAUUUAACCAAAUUUAUUUUGUAUUGAAGUGGUGUAAAGCUAUUGUAAUAAGUAUACUGACCAGUCCAUAUAUUCUCUUUAAAUAUACUUCGUUUAAUAGAAUCAUCUAUCCUUUUAAGAAGUAAAACAUCAAGGAAAGCUACACUAUUGUCGUUUUCCUUUUCGCUAGUGAAUUUAAUAGCUGGGUGAACGUUGUUGGAAAAGUCCACCAUCUCUUGUUUGUCAAUAUUUUCGUCACCCACUAUUAGUGUGUCAUCUAUGUAUCGGCAGUAAUAAUCUAGCUCAUUUAAGAUGUCUUUUAACGAUCCAUUUUCUACUUUGACAAGAGAAACGUUAGCAAGGAUUGGACCUUGGGGUUAUCC